AUGGCAAUGGGGGUCCCCAGAGUCAUUCUGCUCUGCCUCUUUGGGGCUGCGCUCUGCCUGACAGGGUCCCAAGCCCUGCAGUGCUACAGCUUUGAGCACACCUACUUUGGCCCCUUUGACCUCAGGGCCAUGAAGCUGCCCAGCAUCUCCUGUCCUCAGGAGUGCUUUGAGGCUGUCCUGUCUCUGGACACCGGGUAUCGCGCGCCGGUGACCCUGGUGCGGAAGGGCUGCUGGACCGGGCCUCCUGUGGGCCAGACGCAAUCGAACCCGGACGCGCUGCCGCCAGACUACUCGGUGGUGCGCGGCUGCACAACUGACAAAUGCAACGCCCACCUCAUGACUCAUGACGCCCUCCCCAACCUGAGCCAAGCACCCGACCCACCGACGCUCAGCGGCGCCGAGUGCUACGCCUGUAUCGGGGUCCACCAGGAUGACUGCGCUAUCGGCAGGUCCCGACGGGUCCAGUGUCACCAGGACCAGACCGCCUGCUUCCAGGGCAAUGGCAGAAUGACAGUCGGCAAUUUCUCAGUCCCUGUGUACAUCAGAACCUGCCACCGGCCCUCCUGCACCACCGAGGGCACCACCAGCCCCUGGACAGCCAUCGACCUCCAGGGCUCCUGCUGUGAGGGGCACCUCUGCAACGGGAAAUCCAUGACCCAGCCCUUCACCAGUGCUUCAGCCACCAGCCCUCCCCGAGCACUACAGCUUCUGGCCCUGCUCCUCCCAGUCCUCCUGCUGGUGGGGCUCUCAGCAUAGACCGCCCCUCCAGAAUGCUGGGGACAGGGUUCACACACCUCAUUCUUGCUGCUUCACGUAACUCACUGGAAAAUGAUGUUAAAAUAAGAAUUGCACUCCUGUCCCUCUGGCCUUCCAUCUCUCCCUCCCUUGUGCCCCCCAGCCUGGUCAACAGGACUGGAAGAAACUGGAUAUAGUCACCAGCGUCCCAGGGGAGGGCAAAACAGCCACGUCCUGCCCUGAUGAAGAGCAAUUCUGAUCACAGCUGUUACUCACUGAGCACGAGGCAGGCACCAGGCAUCCCGUAACACGGCUUCCUGUGCUCUCCCUCCAAAGCCUGUCGCAGCUCUAGGAGGGAGCUAUACAAUGAUGUCUUUAUUAGUGUCAUCAUGAGAGGCCCAAUAAGCAGUAUGCCCUAACAGUUAGUAGGCCAGGCUCUGGAGCUAAGCUGCAUGGGUUCAAAUCCCAGCUCUAGCAUUCAGCCUGCAGAGACCAUGGGUGAGUUACUUGAGCUCUGUGUGCCAAUAUUUUCUCACCUAUAAGGUAGAGGUGAAAAUAAACUCUAUAACGAUGACAAGAACUGCUUCACAGUAGUUGCAGUGAGGAUUCAACGAGAUGAACAUUUAGUACUUGGGACACAGCAGUGGCCCAGUAUAAAUGGGCUACUGUCAUAAGCCCUAAGUCACAGGGCAACAAACUGAGAGGCAAAAGCACUUGGUUGAGCUUGUGUAUCUAGUGAGUAGAGAUUCAGGAACCAGAUUCCCAGCCCAAUGAACUGCUAAGCAACCCCACCUCCUAAACACAUGAGUACUGAUUAACUUCACAGAAAAACACACAAGGCAAAGUUCAGCGAGGUGAAAUUCUCCAAGCUGUAAAGAUCAGGGAAGACUUCCUGGAGGAAUUAACCCUUGAGCAAAAUCCUAAAGGAUCAAUAGUAGCUGGCAAAAAGAAGCAGGAGAAAGGGCAUUCUAGGUAGAGGAGACAGCCUGGACAAAGGUCCGAGGGAGGAAGGAACACAGGGUGUGCAGGACACUUUCACAAGUGCAUGAACUUCAUAGGUAUGGGAUCCUUCAGCAUGUUCUCUGUGCACAUGCUUGACCAUGUUCUUUCACAUGCUUUUUGCCACUUGAUCUUUCCAGCAACUCAGUGAGGGAAGCAAAAAAGUAAGUUGCAUCCUGCUAUUGUCCGAAUGUUUGUGUCUCCUCAAAAUUCAUCUUUUGAAACCUAAGAA